AUGCAGCACGGCGUAAUCUAUGGAACGGAACCUCGUGGGUUGCCGCUGACAGAGAAGUUACUGCCGGAGUACUUGCGCGAACUUGGAUACCGCACGCACCUCGUCGGCAAGUGGCACCUCGGCAGCUACAAGCGCGAAUACCUGCCGCUUAACAGAGGGUUCGACACUCACCUCGGUUUCUGGACGGGCAGAAUAGACAUGUACGACCACACGUCUUUUGAAUUCGGCUCCUGGGGUUUCGAUUUCAGACGCGGGUUUGAAGUUGCUCACGACUUGUUCGGGCAGUACGCGACAGACGUCUACACGAAAGAAGCAGUCAGGGUAACCGCCGCGGGCGCCACCUGCAGCUGCGAGUCUAUCGACGGCGUGAGCCAGUGGGCGGCGCUGUCGCGCGACCUGGCCGCGCCGCGCGCCGCCGUGCUGCACAACAUCGACGACAUCUACGGCAGCGCCGCCAUCACCGUCGACCAGUGGAAACUGCACAAGGGUACAAAUUACAACGGUGCGUGGGACGAGUGGUACGGGCCGAGCGGCGCGGGCGAGGGCGGGCCGUACUCGGCAGCGCGGGUGCGCGCCAGCGGGGCGGGCCGCGCGCUGCAGCAGCUCGGCCUGCUGCCCGCUGACAACACCAUGCUGGCUCUCAGAGAGGAGGCGACGCUGCGCUGCAACGCGAGCGCGGCCGCCAUCGCGUGCCGGCCGCUCGCCGCGCCCUGCCUCUUCAACAUCGACGAGGACCCCUGCGAGAGGAGGAACCUGGCGGACCUUGAGCCGGCGACGCUGCGGCGCAUGCUAGUGGAGCUGGAGCUGCAGAACCGCACGGCGCGGCCGCCGCAGCUGCGCGCGCGCGAGCCCCGCGCCGACCCGCGCCUGUGGGGCAGACUCUACACUAACUUCGGAGACUAUCUACCCCUUAACUACAACUAAAUACUUACCUCCCACCCUUUUGUUGUAAGGAACUUAACAAGAGUGAAACUCGCUUUAACAUCGCUUAAAAUAUCGCGUGAAGUGAAAGUAAUUCCGCGUGUAAUUUGAUGAGUAUGCGUGUUAGAAGGCUAUUCUAUUCCACUUCCACCCUUUUAAUACAAGGAUGGGAAGUGGAAAAGGAUUUUACGGACUUGGGAUCUAUAAAUUGUUCUAAAACUGUGAUAGCUUAAUGUAAACUUUAAUAUUUUUUUACUUUAAAUGUGUCAAAAAAGUGCUUAGAGUGCUUAACCAAGAAUAUAAAAAUCCUAUGAGAUGCUUCAAUCGGCUACAAUAUUACGCGCAAUACGUAGUUAGAAAAAUAAUGAAAAUAUGCUUCAGCUUUCUCUUGUAUAUACAACAGAUAACUAUAAAAACAUUGAUUUUUACUUAUAAGAAGACAAUAAUAUAAUAAUUGUAAGUGUUGCAUGAAUUCAUAUUUUAAGAUAAGAAUAAAAAAUACAGGAAGAAAAAGAAGCUACGCUGUUACUUGUGAGGUUUACAAAGCAUUGUAUUUACUUUUUUAUUUUAAGAUUUAUUAAAAGUCAUAAUAACUGCUUUAUAACAAAUCUGUUUGUUUAUAAAAUCUGGUAUCCUGUUGUUUUAUGAAUCUAAUGUUUAAGAAUAAAGAAGUUUAGAUUAUUAUUUAUAUUUAAGACUGUUGAAAUGAAUGUUGAUUUA